UGUUUCUCCUCGUGUUGUGAAAAUGGUGAGAAAACUGAAAUUUCACGAGAAGAAACUCUUGAAAAAGGUCGACUUUAUUUCAUGGAAAAGCGACAAUAACAUACGCGAAGUGAAGGUGCUUCGAAAGUACCACAUCCAGAAGAGAGAAGAUUACACCAAAUACAACAAAGUUUGUGGGAUGGCGAAAUCACUCGCCGCGAAAAUUAAACAGCUCGAUCCUAAAGAUCCAUUUCGAGGCGAAGCCACAGAACAGUUGUUGGAGAAAUUGUACUCACUUGGCUUAAUCAAAGCUAAAAACAACUUGUCUUUGUGCGAUAAGCUAAGCGCCUCUGCGCUCUGUCGGCGGCGCUUGCCUGUUGUUAUGGUGCGAUUGAGAAUGGCUCAAGCUAUCAAAGAUGCGGUGAAGUACAUUGAACAAGGUCAUGUGAGAGUUGGGCCCGAAGUCAUAAUGGAUCCCGCUUUUCUUGUUACCAGGAACAUGGAGGACUUUGUUACUUGGACAGAUACCUCAAAAAUAAGGAAGCAUGUCUUGGAGUACAGUGACCUCAGAGAUGACUUUGAUUUUUCAUAAAUGGAUAAAUCAACAUGGUAGGGCCCAUGUGAAGGUCCGGUGAACUAUACAUAGUCUCUUUUGCAGCCGUUAUUAGGGUCGUCACGCAACAGGACCCUAAUAAUGGCUGCGAAGGAGCCUAGACUACACAGAGACUUACAAAAAGCAUAACCUGUCACUGUGAAUCUAUUCUGCGUCAAAAAUCAGUAUUGACAAAUUGAGGUAGUCUGAAAGACAGCAACAGGAACAUCAAGAAACAAAAGGUUAUGCAGAGGGUUGUCACAGGGUUUUGCUGUAGGCAGCUCUAUUGAUGGAGUAGGUGGCCGAAUUUGCCAUCAUAGUCAGUAUAAUGGCUCUGCAGUGUUUGUCAUACUUAUUCCUAGUUACACCUUUCUGGUAUCUUCAGCUGCAUAUCAGACAAGUUUGGUUGAACCAUGAUUCCCAUUUUGGCUUUCUUGUGUCUUGCCAAAGCAUGAACCAUGGCUCCACUAAACUCGCCUGCUACACCACUGAAUGAUACAAAAGAUUUAUCAUUGGAUAUUUACCAUACCUGAAUCCGGGUUUAUCAGGUCAGUGCGGCCCUUGAUAUCAUAAGAUAUCAUGACCGCAGACGUUCUGACUGGCCAGUUCUGAAUUCUAGGUGUGGUAAAUCUUGAUACAAUUCUCAACCCUCAUAGCCAGACAACCAUGUGAAAGAAUCAAAUUCUGUCUUUAAUAGGGAAUGUAAACUAAAAUUCUUAAUGUUUAUGCACACUUUCAAACACAGACCAUCUAACAAUGAAUUCAUGCAGAAGUUAUCUAUUUGCCAAAUUAUAGUCCAUAAGGCAUUACCUUAUUACAUCGCAAAUAAAUGAGUUUUUACUUUUAUGAUUAUCAUUACUAACAUGCAUCAAAAGGAAUGCAACCUUUUAAAUUUGGAAUUUACUUGCAAUAUUAGCUACAUGGCCUUAAACUAAACUUUUUCAAUAAGUCUAAACAAUGACAAAUUGACAUCUAUUUUCAUUAAAAUGUAGUGACCCUUUACUUAAUUCUAAAGCUCCACAGUAGCAAAAAGUAGCUUAUCAAGUUAGUAAGUAUAGAAUUAGUUGAAAAAACAGUAUGAUGUUGAUGUUAUUUAACAUUGCAUGUUCUGCUCCAUUUUUGCUUCAAUUAAAACUUUUAUUAUGUUG